UCGGUGCCUGUCGACCGUCGGAUGCCGUCGUCGUUAUUCGCUGUCGCCCGUACGCGCGGUGUGUUCUCUGUGUGCGCGUUGUUGCGUUGUACUAGGUAUCGUAAUACUGUGUUUAUAUUAUUUGCCCAAUAAUAUUUGCAUACAAUAUAUCGGGUAUUCCACAAAAAUAAAUUGUUUACAGUGUCUUACGGUGUGCGUGCCGAGUGAUAACUUUUAAACGUACCGAAGUGGAUUUUCAAAGUUUUUAGCGUCGUUAUAAUUAUUUCCUUCCGGGCGAUGCGCCCCAGAAAAGGUUUCAUCCGUCACCGCGGCAAUUACGACCAUGGCGGUGACGGUGGCGGCCGACACAGCGGCGCUGGCGGUGAUUUCGCUUAAAUCCUACGGCGACCGCAAUGACCAACGGUGGUCGCGUAUGGUUGGCGGCCGCGGUCGUUUUGUUUGCGGCCAUCGCGGUGUCCGGCGACACUUGCCCGCUGGUGUGCACGUGCAAAUGGAAAAGCGGCAAACAGAGCGUCGAGUGCAGUGACAAAUCGUUGAUCACCAUACCGGAAGGAAUCGACGGAGCCACGCAGGUUCUUGACAUGUCGGGCAACAACCUGCAGAUUCUUUCGGCCAACGCGUUCUACCGGGCCGGACUGCUCAACCUGCAGCGGGUGUACAUGAGCGAUUGCCGGAUCGGGCAGAUCGACGGCCGAGCGUUGCGUGGUCUCAAAAACGUUGUGGAAAUCGACCUUUCCCGGAAUAUGCUUACUGCCGUGCCGUCGGCCACGCUCCAGGACGUUCCGUUGCUCCGAGAGCUGUCGCUGGCCGGUAAUCCCAUCCAAAAAAUUGAGCCUCAAGCGUUUCGCAAUUGUGUCGGCCUGGUCAGGUUGGACAUGUCGGGCUGCGAACUCCGCACCGUGGCCGCCACCGCUUUUGUCGGUAUCGAGAGGUUGGAAACGCUCAAGCUCGAUAACAACCGGCUGACCGAACUGAUGGCCGGUACGAUAGAGUCGCUCAACAAAGUACACGGUGUCGAACUACACGAAAACCCGUGGCACUGUGACUGUAACAUGAGACCGGUCAAAGUGUGGUUGACUAAAAACAACAUACCCACUAUCGUCGACCCGUCUUGCGCCACCGGCCCCGGCCGUGUGACGAACAGGACGUUUUCGUCGCUGCACGAAGACGAUUUCGCGUGUCGGCCGCGUAUCCAGCAAGACGAUCCAACGGUCGAAGCGGCCACCGGUGACAACGCGUCCGUUACGUGUCGGGUACAUUCGUCGCCCGCGGCCAAAGUGUCUUGGUACUGGAACGGUCGGCCGUUAGCCAAUAACUCGGCGUUCGGCCCGUUCCAAAGAGUUUUCAUGACCGACAGAGGAUCGGGUCACAGUUCGCUGGUGUUGACCAACGUGCAGCCGUCCGAUUCCGGGCUAUUCCUGUGCGUGGCCGAGAACCGGGCUGGUCGGGCAGAAGCGAAUUUCACGUUAGUCGUCACUAGACUGGGCGGACUGGCUUUCCUGGCCAACGGGCAGGUGGCCGGCCUCAGCGUGUUCUUGGUUUUUCUCAUCGUCACCAUACUGUUGGUCAUCGUUUACCUUUUAGUACGCAUCAAGAGACUGCCGCCGUCGGUGUCCACCGCUGACGGCAAACCCAGACAGCCGCUUACUACUGCGGCCACGGCCACGGCCAACGGUACCGCCGUCACGGUAAUCAAACAGCAGCCAUUGCCGCCGGUCGACACCAUCGGACGACCCGCCGUCGUGCGCCAACCCGUGCCCACCGCGAGCGUUGCCGAAUUGACCGCGACACUGUCCAGACGGCCGAAGCUCUCCGAACUGGCAUUUACCACGGACCACUACGAAUCCGGUUUUGGCGGUAACGUGCUGGACGCCAACGGCGGUCGGGCGAUGCUCUACCGCAGUCAACCGUCCAACCCGGACCUGAUAGCGGACGCCCCGUCGCAACAAGAACAACUACAACAGCAGUACCGUCAGCAGCAGUCGCUCAAGAAACAGAGGCCGAGGUCGGGCAGUGGCGAGUACCGGCGCACGGCCGACGACGAUGGCCUGUAUUCGCCGAGUUUUUGGACGUCGUCCGAUUCUGCGUCCGCCGCUACGGCCGCGACGUGCAGCGACCGGACGCCGAUCAUCGAGAAGUCGCCGCCGCCACCACCACUGCCACGGGACGAACCGAUGGUGUCGCCGACGUCCACGGUCGAUCCAAAAGCCGCCAGUCUGAGGGUGUGGAAACACGGGGUCCAAGUGAUGCCACCGUUGAGUGCACUCAAGCGAGCACUCAAUAAAGGAUCGCCGGACGAAGGAUACCAAGAGGGAUGCGGCACCGACGUGUGAUCUCAAUUGCGGUUUUAGUAAAAUAAAAAAAUAAGAAAAAAGUAAAACAGACUUAAAUAUUAAUAUUGUUUACCGUAUUUUGUACCGUUUUAAGAUUAGAAUUUUAUAAUAUGGCAUACCUAACCUAACCGUUUUUUUUAUUAAUAAUAUUUUUUGGCAAUUCACGCGCGUGCCGGCUGCAUCAAACUAUAAACGAAUAUUAUUCAGGUUUGCAGGAAUGAGUAGGUACUAUACGUUCAGAUCCGUAAGUUUACAACGUGGAGUCGAUUGCCCUUUAAAUAGUUUGAGCGAUUUUCCCCAAAAUGUUUUUUUUCGAGUCGAGCCGACGUCGUAAGGUCUACCGAAAACAUUGAAAAGAAUAGGAAAACAAAUAGUUGUCUAUAAAAUAUAUAUAUUAUCCUCGACCGGUCAUCGACGACAUCUCGAAACGGCUUUUAUUCUUAACGACCCAUAAGAUGCCCGUCCUUGCUUUUUUUUUUUAUCCUAAACAAACGCUCUACGUUGUAAAAUCUAUUUUCUCUUCGUCCCGAGCCGAUCUUAAGCGAUUCCUUUUUUCUUUUCUUUUUUUCCCUCUUGGAAACCGUCCAGAAGCUCACCGCCGGUAGUUCAGCGGUGAAAUCAAUUUUCGUUUGUGACUUUCGAGAUAACGGUGCGGUUUCAAAGGCGUAUAGUGUGUUGUAGUACUUUAUACUUGUCGAUAUGGUGUGAUACGUUGCCGGGACUCUCUGUGAAACGCCGUCCGUGCUCUACCGGAUGGGGUGAGUUUUUCGGCACCCUUUGUGUGUAUAAAUACAGACACUCCUUUUUUUUUUUUUUGUCGACCGACCGUCCGGGAGAAGUGUACAGUGACUGUAUACAGACACGACUGUACCACCGAAAUAAACGAAAACGCAAAGGGAUUGAGUACUUAACGCCGGAUCUCUCUCUCUCUUUUGUUAUCAGUGCACUCGGGUUGGAGAAAAUGUUUUUUUCGUCACUGCCAAAAAAAAAACCACCGCGAGCGUUGUGACGAAGAAUAGAUAUGGAAAACUCUCGGUUUUAAACCAUCGUCGUUUAUUUUUUCCUCAACCCUACACUUUAUUUGCCCGGCUGAUCAAAAUAUGGUGUCGGCCAGCAUCUCUCAUGUAUUUUUAGUAGGUAUUCGCCUGUUUUGUACCUCUGGUUUCUCAAUUGCAACUGUACUUGGUCGAUAUUGUGUUCUUGAUACCUUAUCCAAUUCUUUUGCGCGCCCACUACAAUAUUAAUAGUACCUACCUACCUACCUAUUUCCGUUUGAUGUGGUCGCGCACACUUUUCCCUCUGGGCCGCCGUUUCGAAGACAAUAUUAUGUCUCACCUUUGUCCCGAAAAUGUAAUACAACAAUAAUAAUAACGGCAAUCGCAAUAAUAACGUGUUCGCGUCAUCCAACCCGUCGUCGGUUUGGGCACUGCGGGCGGCCUAUAAAGUUUUCAAAACUCGAGUUUACAAAGCACAAAACCCCGGGGUCGCCAGACUGCUCGGUUUUUAAGGGCCGCGUUUUUGUCGUUUCGGUGCUGCGGUUUAAACUUUUAUGCAAAACUUUAAGGACCUAACCGGAGACGUCGGCUAGAACGGUGUGCUGUUGAGAAAUAGAUGUCGAUCAAAUUAGUAUUAACGUGAUUUUUAUCGGCGGAAAAUAAUUACCGACACAGUAUUUUUAACGAUAAAAAAUUCCUACAGUGACCGUCUUCUUGCACUGCCGUAGAUUCAGCGGCGCAACCUGUGGGGUGAGCCAAGGGUGUUAACCCCUGUUGGAACAUUCCAAAUACCUCUAGCAGUUAACGAAACGAUCACUUCACACGAAUCUGCAGAAAGGGCCUUUUUUAGCGUUAAUUUAUUUUUUUACAUUUUUAUUUAGCGUAUGUAAAUACAUCAGUUACCCUUUACUACAAAACAAAUAUUUAUAUGCUAAACAUACGGUAAUUUAUAAAUUUAUGUUUUUAGAAAAAUCUAUAAACAUUGAAAAACAAAAUAAUAGGGUUUUAAAAAAAAUUAAUAAAUGUUGUUUUUUUAUUAAAAAGAAGGUGUUUAGAUUUAAAAAAAGAAACAUGCCGUUAUUAUUAUUAUUGUUUUUGUUGUUGAUAGUUAUUCAAAGAGAGCUUUGGUAUUAUUAAUAUGUCCGUUGCAGUGGAGCGUCAUGUCCUAAAAGUAAUUAAUACAACUGUUAAUUAAAAAAAAAACACCUUUUAAAAUUACUGCUAUCUAUUAAAAAAUUCUGAAAAACUAGACAAGUCCUUUAACUGCUUUUCAGCGUAUCGCUAGUAUUGUACGUGUGAAUUCGAAUAAGUUAACCCUUUUGAAAAUAAAUUCCGGUUGCGCCAAAAAAAAAAAGAAAUACAAGUAUUUUGAAGACAUUAAUAAUUGCCCAAGACGACCAAAGAUAAAAUGUAUUCAUAACAAUAAUAACAUCAUUGUUGUUACAUAUUAUCUAGUUAUAUGCCAGCUUUAUUUUGUUUGCCCAAAAAUCACCGGUUACGAUAUUAUUACAUAAUAUGUAACGCAUUUUGCCAAAGAAGUAUUAUUUUUGUUAAUUAUUUAUUUAUUUAUUUUGAGCUGCUCUCGCGUUAAGACUUUUUAAUUAUUAUUUUUUUUUUUAUAUAUAUAUAUUAUAUAAAUAUACAAUACAAUAUGCAUGUAUAAUACCCCUAUGUACA